AUGAGCAAUUCAAGCACGAGCGACCAUGGCGUCGCAGAUCCUCCUGGUACUCCCUCUACGAAACCUCACCCGUCCGAAUACCUCGAAUUCGUAACUCUUGGUCCUCAUCAAGCGGCGCCCCGACUGGAACCUCUUCGAACCGGUGCCGACGUUGAAAAGGAAGAUGCUGACAAUCAAAUGCAUGUCACCUCGUCUAACGACGAUCUCUUCCAUGGCCUUUCCGCUGCUAUUCCUGGAUUGCGCCGCCUCUCAGUUGACGCCCGUGCUGCAACAAAAGCCGAACAUGACAUGACUUUUGUAAGAGGCUGUCGUCUUUAUCCCAAAGCCAUGCUGUGGUCUCUGCUGUUGUCCAUGACAAUUGUGAUGGAAGGCUAUGAUUUGACCUUGAUCAGUAGUUUUUAUGCCUUUCCAGUGUUCAGGCGUUCCUACGGCGUUGCCAUGAACCCAAAUGCCCCAUCGGAGCAACGCGACUAUCAGAUUUCACCUGCCUGGCAGUCCGGACUUACGAAUGCUGCUGUCUCCGGAGAAAUCCUAGGGCUGAUGUUCAACGGAUUUUUGACCGACCGCUUUGGCUAUCAUAAAACCAUGGUUUUCACACUUGUGUGGAUGUGCCUCUUUGUGUUCUUGGCUUUCUUUGCCGUUGACAUAAAUAUGCUUCUAGCCGCACAGAUUCUCUGCGGAUUACCUUGGGGUGUUUUUCAGACUCUUAGUACAACUUACGCAGCCGAAGUCAUGCCAGUCGCUCUUCGAGCCUACCUGACUAGCAGCGUGAACUUGUGCUGGCUUAUUGGGCAGCUGUGUGGUGUUGGCGUGAUUCGCGGACUCGUGCAUAACACAUCACAAUGGUCCUAUAGGAUCCCAUUUGCAUUACAAUGGGCAUUUGCGGUGCCAAUCCUAAUUGGGGUUUCUUUCGCUCCCGAGAGUCCUUGGUGGCUUGUACGCCAUGGCAAGAUCGACGAGGCUAAAAAGUCAUUAUUGCGUCUCACUACAACUGGUGCGGAUCCCGAUUUCAACGCGGACGAGACUGUUGCGAUGAUGCGACACACCAAUGAGGUGGAGAAGUAUUUAAAUGGUGGAGGUGUUUCUUAUAUGGAUUGCUUCAAAGGAACUGACCUUCGUCGGACUGAAAUUUGCACUAUGGUCUGGUGCACACAAGCCUUAUGCGGAAGCUCCUUGACCGGUUUCGCGGCAUACUUCUAUGAACAAGCAGGCUUCAGCACCGCCGACAGCUUUAAUUUGGCCGUGGGUAUGUAUGCAGGAGCUAUUUUCGCCGGGAUGUUGGCCUGGCUCGGGAUGCGUCGAAUCGGCCGACGCACUCUCUAUAUCUGGGGUUUGGCUGGGUCUCUGGUCAUUCUCGUUGUCACUGGAUGCGUAGGAAUAUUGAAAGAGAGCACUUCGACCUCUUGGGCGCUUGGGUCUUUGAUCAUUGUUCUAACAUGCGUUUACGACUUCACAGUGGGCCCAGUCUGCUAUGUUCUCGUCGCCGAGAUACCAUCCAGUCGACUCCGAGUCAAGACGGUGGUCCUAGCCAGAGUGGCUUACAACGUGGUCAGCAUCGUCACCAAUAUCAUCACACCACGAAUGUUGAAUCCUUCAGCAUGGGACUGGAAAGGGAAAUCCUGCUUUGUGUUCGCUGGUACCACCGCCGUCUGUCUACUAUGGUGCUGGUUUCGCUUACCUGAGCCCAAAGGGUUGACUUAUAUGGAAUUGGACAUUUUAUUCGAGAAGAAAGCCAAGGCCAGAAAAUUCAAGGAAUUUCAAGUCAAUCUUGCCAAUACGGGGUAUUUCAGUCUUACACAUGGCCGGUCCGACAGUCUUUGGAGAGGUUGA